AUGUUCAUAAAUGGUUGUGAAAAAUUAUUACCAGAAUUACCUUCAUACAUAAAGUAUCAUGAGUUGGAUAAUGUGUUAGUUGGAAACGAAGAUGAGAGUUUUUGUAAUGACUUGGCCACCGACAAUGAGGAAGUUAAGACACACUGUAAAAGGAUAGCAACAAAUUUAAGAGCAUUAUCAAAAAGUGUAGGAAGCGAGCGCACAGACAAUUGUUAUUAUUUCCAGAACUGGUUUUUUGAACAUUUGUGGAAAAAAAUCAAUACGCAAGGGGAAAUAUAUAAUCAAAAUGUUGUGAAGAAACUUUAUGCUGUUGUAGAAAUGAUUAAUAGAACCGAUUUCAGGCAAAUACCUUGUACUUGUAUACAAACAUAUAACUUGAAGGAAGCAAUGGAAGAAAAAGAUUUGCAUGAUUAUUUUAAAAAUUAUAACUAUAUUAUAACAAACAUGUCCGAUAAAAAUAAAUGCGAAAAUUAUAUAAAUUAUAUAAAUUAUAUUGAAAACUUAUAUAAUGAAGACCAAGAUUACUGCUGUGGAUUAGGUUACUUGUAUCAGGAUUGCAUACAUUAUUUUAAAUGUGAAGAACAUUAUAGACCUUCAAAUUUAUUAUCUAAAUUAAGGGAAACUAUAAGUCAAUUAAAUGAAAAUACAACUGAUGUCGGAAUAGGUGCAAAAUCUGAAGUACAUAAUGAAACCGGAAGUCCCCAUCAAAGCGAUAUCAUGCCUCCCAAGAGAAGUGAAGAUGAGAACCUAUUUCCAGAGAUCACAUAUAACACACCACUCCAUGGAACGAUCGAUACUGCUGAUACUAUUCCACCAAUAUCAGACACAUUAAAGCCAAUUAAUUAUCAGCAAAUUGUCAUAGGAACAUCAAUAAUGGGAACAAUUAUAUUCCUUUACUUUUUUUAUAAGUCUACGCUAUUUGAAUCGAGGCCAAAUAAAAGGAGAAUAAAGAAAAAAAGAUUUAAUAAUUAUUAUCAUGAGAAUCUUAAUGAAGAAUCAUUAGAACAUGAUUUUGACUCCGAAUUUGAAGAUUCACAAAUGAGAAGAUUAUACUUUGUUUAUAACCCUAGGUGA